AUGGCAUUCAAUGCACACUGUCGAAUUUCUAGUGCCUGGUCCACUUUGUACUUACGUAUACGUGUUGAUAAUCUUUUGAUUCUUGGUAAUCAACUCAGUACAGAUAUGACAUAUGCGCAUACAGGUGAUGGUGGUGUCAUGGUAUCAAAUGGACAAACUCCAGGAACACAUGUUAUCGAUGUGGUAGCAAUGGCUAAUGGUGGUGGUUACGUUAAGGAUGGCUUUUUACGUGUUAAAUUAACCCAGUUUGAUCAUGGCGCAGAUAUUAAUAUGUCACCUGUGUAA